GCUCCGCCCACCGUGCGUAGUACGUGAGUCCGGCCCCCGCGAGCUCCCAAACGGCCGGUGAGCUUGCCACCGGCUUCUCUUCAGCUUCAGCCUUCGAGCCGCCAUCGACGUCAUGCUGGGCGCCGCUCUCCGCCGCUGCUCCGUAGCAGCAGCUGCAGCCGCCCGGGCCAGCCCUCGAGGCCUUCUGCACCCUGUCCCGGCCCCGGGUCCCGCCGCCGCUAUCCAGUCAGUUCGCUGCUACUCCCAUGGGUCACAUGAGACAGAUGAGGAAUUUGAUGCUCGCUGGGUGACAUACUUCAACAAACCAGAUAUUGAUGCCUGGGAAUUGCGUAAAGGAAUGAACACGCUUGUUGGUUAUGAUCUGGUUCCAGAACCCAAAAUCAUUGAUGCUGCUUUGCGUGCAUGCAGACGGUUAAAUGAUUUUGCUAGUGCUGUUCGCAUCCUAGAGGUUGUUAAGGACAAAGCAGGACCUCAUAAGGAAAUCUACCCUUAUGUCAUUCAAGAACUUAGGCCAACUUUAAAUGAACUGGGAAUCUCCACACCAGAGGAACUGGGCCUUGACAAAGUGUAAACCCUAUGGAUGGGCUUUCCAAGGAUUUACUGAUAAUGCUACUUGAUUAUAAACAAUCACCUGGAAAUACUGAUGAUAACAUUACUUUAUUUGAACAAGUUUUCCUUUAUUGAAUACCAAACCAUGUAAUGGUAACUUGGACUUUAAUAAAAAGUAAAUGAGCUUGAACUGAAA